AUGGCGGACAAGGAGAAGCGCCGGUCCGGGGUGACUCCUCCAGGGUUGUCCGAGGGGAAAGCCAACAAAUCGGACAGCGACAGGGACUUUCUGUCGCAGGCCGGAGUCGGAGAGCUGCUGCGCGGGGCCAUCCUGAAGAUGGUCGAGGCCAGGUCGGACGAUCCCAUCGGGUUUUUGGCCGACCACUUUUGCAACCUCGCCUCCGUGACAGAGACCACCGGCACAGCUGGAUGCGGCGAUGGGGAUCAUCUGAACAACGGCCCGAUGAGCGCAGGAGCGCCAGAGCAGCAGCAUCUCAACCGGGCGCUGUGGCACCUGCGGCUGGCGCACCACUCUCAGAGAUCUGCCUUCAGCAACAACGUCCGUGUAGCUUAUGACCUCCUAAACCUCACUGGCCCGCGUAAACGUCCAGACGAGGCUCCUGAUGGCACCUGCAUUGACAGCCCCACAGAAGCUGGAGGAGGAGGUGGAGGGGUAAGAGGAGGCCUCUACACACAGACUCUGCAGUGCCUGUGCAGUGAGGGUGGUGUCCCUGCCUCCACCUCUGCUCCGCUCCUCCGUCGCCUGCAUUGCCAAGACCACGAGGCUGUCCCUUAUGAUGUCUUUCGUCACGGUGUGGUCACGUGUGCAGUUUUCUCAGACUACAUCCGGCAGGCUCAGAGGCUUUAUGCUGAAGUGUGCUGCCCAGACGAAGGGCCUGCCUCACGGGCGUUGUGCCUGGCCGUCCUGGGGACCCUAAAGGAAGCCCUGGAAACAUCACAGGGCUGUGAUACAAACUGCUGUGUUAAUGCUAAUACUAAAGCCAAUUCCUGUCUGGAGACCAAUGUGAAGGCUAUUCGCUACCUGGAGGCCAGUGCCAAGAUCUCUCCAUACCAGCUGGCUCAGGCCAUGUCUGGAGCACAGACGUGGGGCCCGGGUGGCAACAUGGACGCAAAAGAGUUUGAGAAUGCAGCAGCAGAGCUCUUUAUCACUCGAGUAAAAGUUGUGUCCUAGCUUUUCUCUCCAUUUUCUCAUCAUUUAUAUAAGUGCAACACACUACAGUGUAUCCUAGAGUAAAUAAUUACCUUAUGUGCACCUUCUCUUACCUCUAACACAAAUCUACUGCUGCCCAAAGUGGCUGAUUGCUGCAAAACAGUUAUUGAA